AAGCGAUGAUGGACCCCGAUCAGAAGCUCCGCCCCGCCUCCGCCCUGAUUCGUCAGUCCAGCUGGAGCGGGCUGAGUGAAAGCUCCAGUCACGAAUCUCUGACGGGAUCGCUGGUGAAGAGCAACAGUCUGAACAGCAUGAAGAUGUCCACCGACAAAGUCAAACUCAGCAGGAAGACCCUCCUCCGUAACGCCGGGACCAACGGCUGUGGAGACACCGUCUCCAGCAAACCCCCUCUGGCACGCAGAGACACCUCCACUCCGCCUCCAGCGCCCCCUGCUGGUGUGCUGGUUCGGCGGAGUCAGGUCUGCCUCUCCACCUUCUACAAAGAGUGUGCAGAGUCCGCCGACUCGGAGCCGGACUGCAGCUGCCAGCCGGCGGAGAGAGACGGCAGACCUGCGGGGUCACGUGACUCAGCCAGCAGAAACAAAGUGGUGGACGAGAACUACAACAACGUUACCUCCCCGAACCGAGGAGGCCUGGCGGGGAAACUGCAGCAGCUCCUCACGCCGACCCGACAUCGUGUGUCAGUCCGACGGGCCGCGAGCGUAGACGACCGGCGGCCGGGAGGAGGAGGAGGGAUAGGACGAAGGGUGUCUGAGCAGAGGCAGUCGAGGAAAGCUCAAGUGGCUGAAACUCUGCUGAAAGCCAAGGAGAGGCUGGUCAACGCUACCCUCAGAGGUCUGACAUCUAGUUCGUUGUCUGUAGGAAGUGACCUCGACUUGACGGAGGACGCCAGUCCAGCGUAUCAUCUGCGCAGGUCCUGGGACGCCAACCAGGACGGGGUGGGGCUCGAGGUGUUGAUGUCCAGCUGCUCUCUAUGUCGUAACUGUAACUUGUUGGUUUAUGACGAGGAGAUCAUGGCCGGCUGGACAUCGGACGACUCCAACCUGAACUCGUCGUGUCCGUACUGCUCCGCCUCCUUCGUCCCGUUCCUCAACGCUGAGAUCUGUGACCUCGGACCCGUCAGCAGUGUAGAACGCAGCAACUGGAACCUAGAGGACGAGGUGGAGAGCGCGGUGAGGCCCCCUAGUGGCCACGAGGCGUCGCUGCGACACCAGUGUAACGGCCUGAGUGAGGACUCCAGCUCUGAGACCAGCAGCUACUCAGAGAACAGCAGAACCACCACGGGCUCGUCGGCGGGCGGCGCUCCACAGGUGGCGGUGGCCUACCUGAGCCCUCUGGUUCUGAGGAAGGAGCUGGAGAGUCUGCUGGAGAACGAGGGCGACGCGGUGCUGGCUCAGCCUCAGUUCUUGGACAGUCACUCCAUCAUCUUCUGGAACCUGGUCUGGUACUUCCAGCGCCUCGGCCUGCCCAGCAACCUGCUGCAGCUGGUCCGGGCCUCGCCGCUCUUCAGCCAGCUGACACAGUCAGAGAACUCUGCAGUGAGAGUGAGACUCCUCUGGGACACGCUGACCCCAGACACAGACCAGUGGCCCCCCCUCUACAUCCUCUGGAGGAUCCACAGUGGCGUCCCGAUGAGGAACCACAGCUGGCGGAGACACAACCACCCGUUCACGCUGGCCUUCCUGGAGGAAGUGCUGCGGUGGGUCGGCAUGAACGAGGUGCACAAAGCCGUCACACUCUUCAUCGACACGCUGGCCAAACAGCGGGAAUCACCUAGGAUACAGAGGAGUUUAUACAGAGAGUUCCUCUUCCUCACUCUGGCAGCUAUGGGAAAAGAUCACGUUGCUGCGUUCGAUAAGAAGUACAAAGGCGCGUACUCUCGGCUCAGCGGUACGAUGGGUCGCGAGGAGCUGCGUAAGAAGCGAGCUCAGCCUCCGAACCCCAAAGCCAUCGACUGCAGACGCAGCUUCCACCCGCCGCUCGAGUGCUGAUCCGCCCAGGAAACGAAGAAACUCCACAUCCUGAUGAUCCCAGCCUUCAGGAGGAGGAGGAAGGAGGAGAAAAAAGAACAAAAAAAAAAGAGGAAAACGGCAAAAACCCCCCUGCUGCCUUCACCUGCUUUGUCUUCUUCACCUCUCUGCUGCCUCCUGGUGGUCAUUCCUGUACCUGCGUUUGCCUCGUCGGUGUGAAUCCAGCAGCUCUUUGUCUCCAUUCAAGAUCCUGCAAAAAAAAAAAAAAUUGGGCAAAGGAGCAACCGAAAGCGAGAGCUGUGAUGAGGAAGAGGAGGAGGAAGAGGAGGAGUGGAGGGGAAACGGGUUCGUGCAUGUUGCAGAAGGGGAUCAGCUGUGGUCGUGAACUUUUUUUUGUUUUUCUUUCUUUUGUUUUUUCUUCUUUUAAAUACACAACCAGACGAUUGAUGAAAAGUUAAGUCACUGCAGGAGCUCGUCAUCACCGCUGGCUGAGACGCAGGUUUCCCCUCGAGGAGAACGUUGAAAAAACACCAUAACCGACGUCCAUUAACCUUCGUUUC